AUAACAAGGAGAGAGCUGGUGAAAGACAGGAGCUAUGAAAAAGUGAGACAGAGAGUGAAAUCACAGCAGCGCAGAGGAGAGAACAAGAAGCAGAGGAAGGAUGAGAGGAAGAGAGCGCACUGCUCAGUGAGGUCUCCAGAGAGGAGAGAAGAAGGGAAGGAGAUGAGCAGAGAGAGGGGGGUGAGCAGCCAGCACUGAGAGGAUUCAUCAGCUCAGGCGGCCAUGCUCUGAGCCCUGGAGCAGCAGGGCUACGCAGACACUGCACAGGCCCAGCAUCAGGCCCACCUCCGUCAUCCGCUCCAGCCACAAACACCGAGGAAGGGAUAGAAAAACAAAAGAAGAUUCAGCACGCAUCAACUGGGCACAAAAGCCAUGAGGACCUCCAGGAAGGGCAGCGUGGAGAUGCCUGCGUUCAUGCGGCAGCUGGUGAAAGAGACGGAGAAAAGGGUCAGCUCUUUCUUCAAAGGGGGCCGUGGAGGAGCCGCCGAGGUGGAGCAACCAAGGGACGGGGAGCGGGAGGAGGUCAUUCCCAGCCCUUACCUGGACCGGCCGGUCCUGGACAAGCUGACCGAGGAAGGCUGCGCCCGCUGGGGCCUUACCUACGCCCUGGGAAGCAUGCAGGGAUGGAGGGCCAACAUGGAGGACUUCCACAACUGUGUGCCACAGCUGGGUGGAGAGCUGGCCGACUGGAGCUUCUUCGCCGUGUUCGAUGGUCACGCAGGCAGCAACGUGGCACAGUACUGCUCACAGCACCUGCUGGGUCAGAUCCUGACCACAGGUGGGAUGGGAUCAGAGGACGACCCUGAAAGGGUAAAAGGAGCCAUGUUGGAGGGCUUCCUGCAGACGGACAAAAACCUGCACGCUGCGGCACGCCGAGAAGGCUGGGAGAGGGGCGGCACCACUGUGGUCGCUGCCCUCAUCUCGCCGUAUUACAUCUACUUCGCCAACUGCGGUGACUCCAGGGCCAUGUUGUGCCGGUCCGGCCAGGUUUGCUUCUCCACUGAAGACCACAAACCGUACAGUCCCCUGGAGAAAGAGCGCAUCGAAAGUGCGGGCGGCUCUGUGUCCAUCCAACGGAUCAACGGUUCGCUGGCGGUGUCCCGCGCCCUGGGGGACUUCAGCUACAAGGGAGCGGAGAACCGGACGCCCACCCAGCAGAUGGUGUCACCGGAGCCAGAGGUGUGUGUGGUGGAGCGCUCGCCUGCAGAUGAGUUCCUGGUGCUGGCCUGUGACGGGGUGUGGGACAUCAUCAGCAACGAGGAGCUGUGUGCCUUCAUCCACAACCGGCUGAGCGUCUGCACCGACCUGAGGGACGUCUGCAGCCAAGUCAUUGACCUCUGUCUCUAUAAGGGCAGCUUGGACAAUAUCAGCAUCAUCCUGCUGUGCUUCCCUGGAGCCCCCCAGCUGUCAGCAGAGGCGCUGCACCAGGAGGCCGAACUGGAGGACCUGCUGGAGUCCAAAGUAGUAGAGAUUUAUGAUGAGCUGUGCGUCCGAGGGGAAGAACCCGACCUGCUGUCCGUCCUCACGAUCCUCGCAUCCUCCGACAUCCCCGGAUUACCACCAGGAGGAGGCAUUCAGAGCAAAAGGAACUGCAUCAUUUCUGCUUACUAUGAACAAAGAGAGAACCACAGGCCCAUGCUACCAAAUGGAGGCUCUUGAGAAGCCGGGCUGGUACCCGAGGAUCCAUGGAAGGACUGUAAUUUAUUUCAAUAUUAAAACAGUUUUCUUCAUGUGUGCACUUUGACAGAAAGGGAGAUGUUGAACGCAGGUGUUUGUUUACAUCAUACUAGGAAACAGUAUCUUGGCAUAACAGAUACGAUGCAAAAUAGAUCUAAUUAAGCCUAAUACAUUUUAUAUUUAUAUAAGAGGACAUUUUGUAAAACUUACUCAGAGACGCGAUCCAGCUACAAACCUCUGCCUCAUAUUCAGUGAACAGAAAAUACAGAUGAGAAUUCUAAACGACUGAAAAACUGAAUAACUAGCUGUGAAAUUGUACAUUGUCAUUGGAUGAAAUUAUAAAUGAGCAUAUGUAUGUGGAGUUGUGUUUUAAAGAGGACGUUUCGAAAAUGAGGAGGAACAGAUGGGUAAGUGGUAGCCAAAAGCUAACGUACAGCUAACAUAUAUCCAUCUGCUGCAACAGGGAGUGCUAACAGUGCUAGCGGUGCUAACAGUGCUAGCGGCCGGGCGGCUGAUGGGUGUGCACAAAUUUAGCUUUUCCUCGUGGCAAAAAGAGACACUAAUACAAUGUUCCAUUGCUAUUUUAAUCUUGAAGCAUACAAACACUUAUUCAAGAAGGAGGUAAAUUUCACUCAAAAUCUAAAUCUUUUUUGAAAAGGCGUUUACUUGUUUAUUUGAAACACAUAGAAUUAAAUCCACUUUGCUUAAGUGAAGUCACGUUAUUUGUUAGGGAGUUAAUGGUUAACAUCAUUUGAUAAAGUAUCAUCAAAAGAUCCAUACUGCGUGUAACAAUAUAUUUUUUUGUGAACAAAUUCUGAACUAAAAGUAUCCUAACAUUGGCUGACCAAUCAAAAUCUAUUUUACGUGAAGUUCUACGCCUAUAUUUUUUGCAAGUCUUUCCAUUUUCGUAUAACCAUAUUUCUAAACAUUUUACCCAAUAGAGUGUUUGUGGAAUGUUUUUUUUCCAGAAGUUGGUUGAAAUGUACUGUGCUGCCUUAUUCACAUAUUUUAUGGUAAAGAUAAAACAAACGGCAUCAGAUCGGGUCAGUUAUGGGAUGGGUCGUUUUAUCAGCAUCUUAUAUUGGAGGAUGGUUUAUCAUUUCAGUGAGAAUUUUUGUAUGUAUAGACAUUACAUGUUAAGAGUCAUUGCUGUUUUAAACCCCAAAAAAUAACAUUUAAUUGACAACUUGCAGUGUUUUUACCCCAAAUAAAACCCUAAAGCACUA